AUGCCGAAUAAUCGUAAACCAAGCAAACGAGGAAGAUUAGAAGAAUAUUACAACCCUAUUCCCAGAGUAGAUAGAUCAGAAAGUGUUGCUCUUGCUCCAAAUAUUGAACUCAAUGAAGUAGUUGUUGAUGCAGUUGAACCCGAAGAAUUGCACACCCAAAGAACUGGAAUAGAAGAAGACAGACCUGAAGUGAUGAAUGUUACUCCAUUAGAACGUGAUCCGGGGUUACGAAUUCCACCGAGAUUAAAAUAUCCCCGCUCUAAAUUCGGAAAGCAAUACCGUGGUUUUAAUUUUAGUUGGUUCGCACAACAUCCUUGGUUGGAGUAUUCACCUUCUAAAGAUGCUGCAUAUUGUUUUCAGUGUUUUCUUUUUGAAUCAGAUCCUCCAAAACACUCAGCAUUCACUAGUGAAGGUUUCAAAAGAUGGUGUUCUGUUAAUAAUGGAUCAGCAUGUGCAUUUCUAAAACACUCUGGAAAUGUUGAUUCUGGACACUCUACUGCCCAAGGAAAUUCUGAAGCUUUGAAGAAUUCAGCUCAGCGAAUAAGUCUUUUGGUAGAGAAACAAUCAAUAGAGGCUGUAACGAGACAUAGGUUGCGUCUCAAGACAACAAUUGACUGUUUAAGAUGGCUUGCGCGUCAACAAUGUGCUUUCAGAGGUCACGAUGAGUCAAAAGGUUCAAGGAAUCGUGGGAAUUUUAUUGAAUUGAUCAAGUAUUCAGCAUCACUUAAUAGAUAUGUGAAUGCAGUCGUCUUGGAGAAUGCCACUGGAAAUGCCACUUAUACUUCACCCAAGAUUCAGAAAGAGAUCUUAAAUAUUAUAUCUAACACAGUUAGAAGCAAGAUUCGCGAGGAAAUUGGAAAUGCCAAAUAUUGUAUCCUUGUUGAUGACUCGCGGGACGCUUCCAAGAAAGAGCAAAUGGUGAUUGUUUUAAGGUAUGUGGAUAUUGAUGGUUAUGUUCAAGAAAGGUUUUUUGAUAUUCAACAUGUUGAAAAUACUUGUGCUUUAACUCUGAAAAAUGGAAUAACAAAAAUUCUUAAUUAUUAUGAUCUUCAAGUUGAAAACAUGCGAGGGCAGGGGUAUGAUGGCGCAAGUAAUAUGUGUGGUCAGUGGAAUGGCUUACAAGCCUUGUUUCGUGAGGAAUGUAAAUAUGCAUAUUAUGUUCAUUGUUUUUCACAUCGCCUUCAGCUAGCACUUGUGAAAACAGCUGAAACUUUGGGUCCAGUUUGGAAAUUUUAUUCUAUGUUAUCAUCAAUUGUCAAUCUUGUUACAUCAUCUUCACAUCGAUUUGGUGAUUUUCAGUCUGCUCAAGAAGAUGAGAUUGCCAAAAGGUUAUCUAGUGGUGAACUUGAGACAGGGAAAGGGGCAAACCAAAUAGGUACUUUGCCACGUGCUACUGAUACCCGUUGGAGUUCCCAUUAUGGUUCCGUAUGCAGUUUGAUAGAUAAGUUCGAAGCAACCUGCACAACUAUCGACCAUAUUGGCGCAAGUGAUCCGAAAGUGACUCCUAAAGUUGGUGAAGCACAAAGUAUUUCUGAAGAAAUGAGGUCAUUCAGUUGUCAGAGUUAGAUCAUAGGUUUCCAGAGGACACAAUGGAACUACUCAUUCUUAGCUCAUGUUUGGAUCCUCGGGAUUCUUUUAAGUCAUUCGAUGUUGACAGUCUUUGUAAUCUUGUUGAGAAGUUUUAUCCUCUAGAUUUCAGUCUGCAAGAGGUACACAUUUUGAGAAAUGAGUUACAACAUUAUGAUCAUGAUGUAGUUAACAAUUUGCAAUUUCAGAACUUAUCAACUAUUUCCGAGUUAUGUCGGCAACUAGUAGUAACCAAGAAGGCAGAAGCUUACCCUAUGAUUGACAAAUUGAUUCGUAUUGUGCUUACUCUCCCUGUUUCCACGGCAUCUGCAGAAAGAUUUUUCUCAAUAAUGAAAUUGGUCAAAUCAGCUACUCGUAACAAAAUGCAACAAGAUUUUCUUAGGGAUUGCAUGAUGCUCUACAUUGAACAAGACAUUGCAGGAGCUAUCCAUACUGAUUCAAUCAUAGAUGAGUUUGACGAUUUAUACAAUCAUAGGGUACAACUUAAGUGCUAGCCAUGGGUUGAUGAUAUUCACUCUUUGGUAAAAUAUAAAUGUGGGUUGGUGAUAUUUUUUGGUAAAACAUUUUGACAUGUAUAUUUGAAAAAAUUGAUAUAAUAUAUAUAUAUGAUAAAGAAAACCAUUUUUUUGGAUA